CGAGCGAUGAAACGUGAAACUACGAGCAACUUACACCAGACGAAAGCGACACCUAUCGACAUUGAGUAGAACUGUUGGACAUUGAUCAGAAAUCUUGCGAAAAUGGCGGCUGAGGAAACGAACACGGACAGCACGACCGAGCCGAAUCCACGAUGCUUCUUCGAUGUGACCAUUGGUGAUCUAAAAGUCGGCCGCAUCAUCUUUGAGUUGUUUAAGAACAUGGUUCCCAAGACGUGUGAGAACUUCCGCGCCCUGUGUACCGGUGAGAAGGGCAUGGGACCAACCACGGGGAAGCCACUUCACUUCAAGGGAUGUCCUUUCCACAGGAUCAUCAAAGACUUCAUGAUCCAGGGAGGUGACUUCUCCAACAUGAACGGUACAGGAGGGGAGAGCAUCUACGGGGAGAAGUUUGAGGAUGAAGGGUUCGAUAUGAAGCAUGAGGUACCAGGUCUGCUGUCCAUGGCCAACGCCGGCCCCAACACCAACGGCUCGCAGUUCUUCAUCACCACGGUCCCCACGCCACAUCUGGACAACAAGCACGUGGUGUUCGGGCGCGUACUGAAGGGAAUGGGCGUGGUCCGCGAGCUGGAGAACGUGGACAAGGAUGGGGAGACACCAACACAGCCGUGUGUUAUUGCAGACUGUGGGGAACUGUUGCCAGGCGACGACGAGGGCCUCAGCAUGGAGGACGGGACAGGAGACACCUACAUGGACUGGCCGGAGGACUCAGAUGUCGACAUGAAGAACGUCGACCAGGUAGUUGAGGUGGCAGAAAGCAUCAAGGUCAUCGGCAACAACCUUUUUAAGAAAGGGGAUUACAACAUGGCAAUACGAAAAUACGGCAAGGCACUCAGGUAUCUGCAUAAGUGCAGUGAUGAGGCAGACAUGGAGCCAGGUGGUGAGGAGGAGCAGAAGCUGGGGCCCAUCAUCAUCCCAUGUAUGCUGAACACAGCCGCCUGCAGGCUCAAACUCCAGCAGUACGAGAAGGCCAUAGAGGACUGUGAUGCUGUUCUGGAGGUGGAGUCUGACAAUGCCAAGGCUUACUACAGAAGAGCACAGGGGCACUCAGGGAUGGGUGAUGAAGACAAGGCUAUAGCUGAUUUACAUAAAGCACAACAAUUACAACCAAAUGACAAAGCUAUCCUGGCUGAGUUAAAGAAGAUCAAAGCCAAGAUGGACGCCUACAAGAAGAAAGAACAGCAGACCUAUGCUAAGAUGUUUGGCAUGUGACGCACACCCUCAUCAUUAGCUGUAGCAAAAUAUAGCAAUAGAAUUUACUCAAACUUUAGCAGAAAAAAUCUUACACUAUAUUAUGUAGAUAGUGUAAUGAAAUUCCAUCUUGCAUGUUGUGCAGACAAUAGAACUGUCAAGAAAGGAUUUGAAAAAUCUACAAUAUUAAGUAAAGAUAGGGCAACAGAAUUUCAUCUUGCAUGUUGGUAGAUGCAUUGCGGCAUCAGGCUGAAACACUGGGCACUUUUGCAAACCCAAAUUGGUGCUGUGCACUUAAUUUUUGACAAGCUGCACCAGUGCACUUGUGUAGGAUUAUGCAGGCAAAGGUACUACUAGUACAUGUAUCUUGAAGUAGCCUCUCCUUUGCAAACUUUUGGGGAGCUGCAACGUUUUUUGGGCAGAGUAGAUGUUGCUGCCUCCCAGGAGUCUGCAAAGGAAGCUGCUAUCAUACACUUUGUUGCUGUUGUCUUAUUUGUUGAAAAUGCUGGAAUCAGCUAUGAAAUUCCAUAGUCAAAUUCUGAAGAGGGUUGGUAAGAUUUAUGAUUAGGUUAUAUUGAUGACGUUCUAUUUUAUAUUGCACACCAAUUUUUUUCAGCGUACCAAUAUUUUUAGAUUCGGUGUAUCGAUUCUAAAAAAAAUGUCGGGCCCAGUGAAUGCUAUCUGGCCACCUUGUUCCUUAAGUGUUGUUUGUGCUGUGCUGUCAAAAUUAUUGCUGUUGUAACAAUCUUCUUAUACUGUAGCAGCUACAUGAGCUGAAUAUACACACCGUCUCUUACAGUCAUUGUAAAAUGGCAUGUUUGAAGAAAAAAUAAAAGUUGCUUUCAAUGCCCAA